CCGUAAAUGAUGAAAGAAUCAAGAAACAAGCUAGCCGCUCCAUUUUACACACACACACACACACACACACUCUCUCUCUCUCUCUCUCUCUCUCUCUCUCUCUCCCCAUUAUUGGAGUCCAUGACAUGAUGAGGUCAUGAUCAGUCUAUCCAAGAACUCCCAGAAGCCACUAUGCAAUAGAAGUUCGUUCUCAGACUCGUAACACUUCUUUUUGGAGAUUUCUUUUGUAACAGAAACUGUUUGAUUAUCAGGCUCUCAAGUCUCGACCAUUGUUCCUCUUUUGUCCAUUUUUUUAAGCCAAAGUCCACAGAUUUUAUUGAAUAUUUUCCAACAAUUAAUAUUUGGUUUGCAUCGAUCUUUGUUUUUCAGUACAAAACAAGGACCAAUUCGAUUUCUCUGCUUUCUUUGCUGCAUACCGCUUCACUUAGUUUUCAACGUUUUUCAAUUUCAUUGUACGAGUUAAGGCCCCCACACCAUUUCCCUCAUCAAAACUCAGCAUAGUUUGUCUAUCUUUUUGCAUAUGAUGGCUUCAAUCACCAACCCAUUUCAGUUUUCAAUCCAAACUACACGACUUUCUUCACUAUACUUAUCACCCAACAGAGUAGCAACAAAUCCCUUUGUGCUCAAGACUCGGUCACUGACAUCUAAGACGACAUGCUUGGCGUUUUCGCCGUUACCGGAGAACCGGGGACCUCCCACACAUGUUGGAUUCUCAGGCAAAACCUUGAGGUUUUCCGGUUGGAGUGAGCUGUUGAGGCGUCGAGGCUCUACUGAAUUUCCGGUUGUGGAAGCUGCAGCCGCGGAUGCCGAUGGGCAUGCGAAGCCUUCCAAGAGCUUUGCUGAGAAAUUUCCCGCAUUGGUCACCGGUUUCUUUUUCUUCAUGUGGUACUUCUUAAAUGUCAUCUUCAACAUACUCAACAAGAAAGUCUAUAAUUAUUUCCCAUAUCCAUACUUUGUCUCUGUUGUACAUCUUCUAGUUGGAGUGGUGUACUGUCUUGUAUCUUGGACGGUUGGUCUACCAAAACGUGCUCCAAUUGAUAAGGAUCUCUUGGUACUACUGACUCCUGUUGCAUUCUGUCACGCCCUUGGGCAUGUCAUGUCCAAUGUAUCAUUUGCAGCUGUUGCCGUAUCUUUUACACGCACAAUUAAAGCCCUGGAGCCAUUCUUCAAUGCCGCUGCUUCUCAGUUUGUUUUGGGCCAUCAAAUUCCCCUGUCACUGUGGCUAUCAUUGGCCCCUGUAGUUAUUGGUGUAUCAAUGGCCUCAUUAACUGAACUUUCUUUCAACUGGACUGGUUUCAUCAGUGCAAUGAUUUCCAACAUUGCGUUCACCUACAGGAGUAUCUAUUCAAAGAAGGCAAUGACAGGAAUGGACAGCACAAAUGUGUAUGCUUAUAUUUCAAUUAUUGCCCUCUUGGUUUGCAUUCCACCUGCAGUACUUAUUGAGGGCCCCCAACUGAUGCAACAUGGUUUUAGGGAUGCUAUUGCCAAAGUGGGCCUAUACAAAUUCUUGUCUGAUCUGUUCUGGAUUGGAAUGUUUUAUCAUCUAUACAAUCAGCUUGCUACCAACACUUUGGAAAGGGUUGCACCACUUACACAUGCAGUUGGAAAUGUUUUGAAGCGAGUUUUCGUUAUCGGUUUCUCCAUUGUCGUAUUCGGCAAUAAGAUAUCCACACAAACUGGGAUUGGUACUGCUAUAGCGAUUGCAGGUGUUGCCAUCUACUCCCUAAUAAAGGCAAAUCUGGAAGAGGAAAAAAGGAAGGCUGCUGCAACUUCCAAAUCAUAGGGCUGCACCCUUCAUAUCGAUGAGGGUUGGUGAGUGAGAGAUCCUCGGAGUCAGACUGCUGCUGUUGUUUAAAUUGGAUGGUUCAACUUCUCAAACUUUGCGUGAUCGCUUUCCAUUAAAAUAACAUCUUGGAAAUAGAGGAAAGAAAUAACAAAUUCAACAAACUUGUUUUUUAUUCCAUGAAUUUGCUCCAAAAUAUAUGCUUAUCGUAACUUUCCUCUCUUUUCCGACA